UAAAGCUAGAAGCAAUUUAAUCAAAAUACGUGGUUUAAAUGAUAAUGUUAAUAAAGCAUUUAAGUCUUUAACUAAAUUGGCAAAAGAAUUAGAUAAAGCCAACUAUGUAUUAGAAAUUUCCGUUCUUAAACAAUUUCACAAGCUUGUUAUAGGAAAAGGAGGAGCUAAUAUUAAAAAGAUUAGAGAAGAAACUGAUACUAGAAUUGAUUUGCCUCGUGAAGGUGAAAAUAGUGAUACCAUCAAAGUCUUGGGUAAUAAAGAAAAUGUCUUAAUUGCUUGCGAUAUGAUAAAGAAAAUAACCAAUGAAAUGGGAGAUAUUGUCACUAAAGAAAUAGUCUUAGGAAAUGUUAAAGUACGCAAUGUUAUUGUAAAUCUUGGGAAUAAGUUUAUUCAAUCCAUCAAAGAAGAUUGUGGUGGUAUUGUAUCAUUAAAGUUACCAGCUGCUAAAGGUGAUAAUACUAUAGUCAUCAAGGGACAAGAAGAUGAUGUAGACAAUACUAUCGCACAAAUUCAGACAAUGGUAGACGAAUUCCAUACAUCAGUUAUUGAUCUAAAAGUGAAGCCAGAAUUUCAUAAAUAUUUGAAUAGAGAAAAACGUGCUAACAUUAAAAGAAUUCGAGAUUUAACAAAUACAAGAAUAAUAUUCCCAAUAGAUACUGAUUCAGUUAAUGAAAAUAUAACUAUAGUUGGUAAAAAAGAAAAUGUACACAAGGCAAAAUUAGAAUUUGAGGCUAUGAUAACUGAUAUUAGUAAUGUUAUUGGAAACUGUGUAGAAAUAAAUGAAAAGUAUCAUAAAAGUAUUGUGGCUAAAUUUGGAGAAUUUUCACAUAAGUUGGAAGAAGAAUGUGGUGGUGUAAAGAUAUCAUUCCCAAAACCUGGAGGAGGAGAUAAAGUUGUACAUAAAGGUAGCAAAGCAAAUGUUGCUAUUGCAAAGCAGACACUUUUAGACCAUUCUAAAGUUUUGGAAAAUACAAUUAAAGUUGAAGUUAAUGUUGAUUCUAAGUAUCAUCGUUACUUUGUUGCAAGGCGUGGUGAAAUUAUUAAUAGAAUCAUUGAUGAUUGUAAUGGAGUAUCUAUAACAUUCCCUAAAUUAGCUUCUAGUAAUGAUGUUGUUAUAAUCAAGGGUGACAAAACUAAUGCCGAAGACGCAAAGCGUAAAAUUAAAGAAAUUGUUAAAGAUUUGGAAAAUAUUAUUGAAGUUACUAUGAGUGUUCCUCCCAAACAUCACCGACAUUUUGUUGCUCGCCGUGCUGAAGUUAUUAAUCAAAUUAGUGCAGAAUAUAAUGGAGUUAAUGUAUCAUUCCCACAAGUUAAUUCAAAUUCUAGUGAAGUUUUAAUUAAAGGCCACAAAGAUUUUGUUGAAAAAGUCAAAAAUAAAAUCAAUAAUAUUGUCAUUGACUUGGAACAACGUAUCACCGUUGAAGUUAGUAUACCUCAAAGGAUGCAUAGAGUUUUAAUGAGAAAUCGAGAUUUAUUGGAAGGAUUAAGACGAGAUUUAGAUGUUUGGAUUAAGUUUCCUGAAAAACCUACAGAAGACCAGUUUAAUCACAAGCAAGAGGAUGUUAAUGUUGUAGAAGAUACUGAUGAAAAAUGUGCGCCUAGUGUCAAUGACAUAGUUACAAUCUCUGGAAAAUCUGAAAAUUGUGAACGUGCUAAACAAAUAUUAAUUGAUAAUAUACCAAAAACUAUUGACUUAAAUGUACCAUCAGAAUAUCAUAGAUCAUUGAUUGGUUCUAAGGGUGUCACAAUCCGGAAGUUUAGUGAUGAUUAUAAUGUCCAGAUUAAAGUUCCAAACCAAGAACAAAAUUCUGAUAUUAUAAAGAUUACUGGGAUGCAAAAGGAUAUUGAUGAAGUAGUUGCAGCCAUUAAAGAAGAAAUGAGGUUAUAUGAUGCUGAUAAAAAAGAUAGACAGUUGCGCUCAUAUGAAAUUCAGAUGACUAUUGAACCAGAAUUCCAUCCUAUGAUAAUUGGUAAAAAAGGAGACACUGUUCGUAACUUACAUAACAAAUAUGGUGUUCAAGUUAAUCUGCCCAGAAGAGGUGAAGGAAUCAAUGAAAACAUAGUGACAGUUGUUGGUUACCAACAAAGUGCUGAAGCAGCAAGGGAUGAAAUUCAAGAAAUGGUUAAUAAACUGAAAAAUGUUUGCAAGGAAAUGAUUUAUAUCGACAGUAGAAUUCAUUCAAGAUUGAUCGGUUCUCGAGGACGUAAUAUUUCACAAAUUAUGGAUAAAUAUCAUGUAGAUAUAAGAUUUUCGAAAUCUGACAGUUGUAAUCCAGAUUUGGUAGUUAUAUAUGCCCGUGAGGAUGCCACCCAGGAUGAUGUCUUAGAUUGUAUGGAUUAUUUAGAAAUGAUUCAACAAGACUAUAUGGCAGACUUGGUAGAAAAUGAAGCAAGAGCAAACUUGAAACCAAAAACUGAGAGCCAAUCUGUCCCCAAUGGUAAUCAUAACUUGCAAGGAGGUGCUGGAUUUUUUAUGGGUAAUGGAGCACCAUGGGAAAAAGCUCAUCCAGAUACAAAUAGCACCAGAGAUUUUCCAUCUUUUGCGGUUAUUGCGACGUCUGCUAAUACUGAUGGGACAGAUAAGACUAACCUUCCAAGUUGGGGAAGUGGACGUCAUUAAUUAUUUUCAAUCAAAAUUAUUGUUUCCAAUAA